UUGCAAUUUAAACUGGCAACGUUGUUGUUAAUGGCGGUCGAUAUUAGUGUGCGAGUAUAAACAUCAUCGUUUGUAACUUUUAUAAUCUCUAAAAUGACACUUUUUCAUUUCGGUAAUUGUGUAGCGUUAGCGUAUGUACCGUACUUUAUGACUUACAAGUUCUCUGGGCUGUCUGAAUAUGGAGCAUUCUGGAAGUGUAUGCAAGCUGGAGCAAUGUAUCUCUGUACUCAAUUAGUGAAAAUGCUUGUAUUGGCUACUUUUUUUCCUGCUAAUGACUCUUCUGCUAAUCUGCCUGGAAUUGAAGUUAUUGGGACUUCAUUAAAACUGGACAUGGAAUUUUUGAAAUCCACGGUGGAUCUGGCAGAUGUGAUUGGAUUGCACCUGGUGAUGACAAAGGUGGCCGGAAAAGGCGAGACCAAAUUUUUGGUGGCCGGUCUGGGUUGGGCCACGGCGGAACUGAUCAUGACGAGAUUUGUUCCCCUCUGGGUUGGCGCCAGGGGCGUAGAAUUUGACUGGAAGUAUCUGCAGAUGAGUUUCGAUUCCAACAUUAGUUUGGUUCAUCACAUUACAACUGCAACUCUAGUCUGGCUGUGGAGUAGACACGAUUUACGAAAGACUCAUUUGCCAAUAGUUAUGAUGCUUUUGGCUUUGGGAUGUUAUAGGCAUCUUAUAAUGGAAUUAUUCAUUCAAGCUCUGGGAUUUGGUCCUUGGACGGUAUUGCUCAUCAAAGCCAUGGCCACGGUUGUAAUAGGUUUAGUGGCAAUGCACAUUUACCUAAGUCUAACGCAGAGUCUCAAUUCGUACUGAUUAAGUCUGUAUUGUAUCUAUAAAGUGUUUCGUAAUAAACAAUCUUUUGUUUUUGAA